AUGCCGGAGUACGUGUACGCUCUUUACGACUUCCUUCCAGAGCACGAUAACGAGGUCGAGUUUCAUGCGGGAGAGCGGAUAGAGUUCGUCGAGAAGGAUGAUUUGCAUGCUGCACCCACAGCGACAUCUACCGCCAGUGCCUUCCAUUUAGCCCCGAUCACCGCCUCCACUAGUGGUGCACGGACUCUAUCUCCCGAACCCGCCCAUCCUCCUACGAGUUCCGGUGGUCUGCAUUCCUUAGCAGAAGAAUCGGAGAACGAGUCGGUCGCGCCACCGAAAGUUUCGGUAUCUUCAGAUGGGACCGAUGAAGGGGCGGUGAUGCGGGAGACGAUGACGGAUGUGCAGCAGGCGAUUGAACAAUUGGGUCAGAGGCGGAAUAAUGGUGCUGGUGGACAUACGGAUGAUGAAGGUCGUUCGUUCACCUUCUCGUCCGUGCGCGAGUCGGAGUCGACGGAUCGUGAGUCAGAUAUCGAUAUGGAGUACGGAUGGAAUAACCAGAAGAACGUGCGGAAGAGGUUGGCGAAGAAGGUUAGCCGGGCGAACGAGGAGGAGAGGAGGGAGAGGGAGAGGGAGGCGCAAUUGGAGGUGGUGCGGGCGAGGGAGAGAGGGAGCAUCAUGGCGAGUCAUAUGGCGCCACCGAUUGAAGUAGAGUUGAGUGACGAGAGCGAGGACGAAGGGGACGAUGACCAUCACCACCAUCAUCAUGGCCAUGACCAAGAAGACAAGACGGAGCAUGGGAGGGUUGCGAGUCAGAGGUCAAGCUCACAGAUGAUUCCGGAGGAGGACGAGGACAAUCAUCUCCUCGCCGUUCCUACCGCAACCCGUGGAUCGUUCGGCACUCCUCGAGGCCCAGAGCCAAUCGUCCCUAGCGAAGAUUAUAUCGUACCCUCGCCAGGCUCUCAUAAGACGGGUUACGAAGAGGUCCCUACCGUCACUCAAGCAUCUUUCCCCGUCGCUGCUCCCGCAUCCGAACGGACGUCCUCGCCAUAUCGAUCCGGAACGCUUCCUAGUCCAAUCUCACCGGGGUUUACGACUGGGACGACUGGGACGACCGCGGGAACCGGGACUGUAACCGAUGAUACCAGGCCGACGUCUACGCAGCCCUCCGCAGCUUUCUCGAAAACGUUCUCCGUCGGCGAUAUCGAACCGAUCGCUACGCCCAUCCCCGUCAGUAUUAGUGCCGCCAACGCCACUGGAGAGCCCCCGGCCAGUACCCUCGCCGCCGCUGCCAACCUUCUCCCUUCGCCUGCCGCGUCUUCGGCGAUGGGAUGUACGACCUCUCCUGUACAUAAAUCUGGCCUGGCGCUGUCACCUUCGAGUCCAGGGAGCGGAGGUCCGAGGACGGGUGGAUCCAGUGGCAUAGGCAGUGGACAUCCGAGUGACUGGACGGUGGAUGAGGUCGUGGAGUGGCUGAGAGCGAAAGGAUUUGACGAAGGGGUUUGCGAGAAGUUCAUCGAGCAAGAAAUCACCGGCGACGUUCUUCUUGAACUUCAUGUCAAUCUCCUCAAAUCCGAAAUCGGCAUCCCAGCCUUUGGCAAACGCAUGCGUAUCGCCAACGCUAUCAUGGAACUCCGUCGUCCACCAUCCGCUCUCUCUUCCCACCACGACGCCAACUCCCAAAUCAACGGUGCUCCCGGUACUGGUAGCAGUCAAUUCAACGGCUCUGGCAACAACGGUUUCCGUGGUCACUCCCAGAGCCAGAGCCUCGCGAUGUCGCACUCCAGCGCGCCACAGAGCCUGAACAGUCCGUUCAUGCUAGCUAGUCCGAAUAGCGCGGGAUCAGGACCGGCGAGUGUAGGCGGAGGUGUGGUCGUGACUUCAACGGGCAGUCCGAUGGCAGUUGUGGGGAUGAUUCCGGCGGACAGCUUCAGUGCGCCGAAUACGGGAUUGAUGGGCAUGGGCGCUGGCGAGUCGCCGAUGGGGAUGGGAUUGGUGAGGAGAGAUUCGGAUCCGGGUGUUAGAGGACCGGGACAAGGCCAGGACGACGAUCAGGUCGGGCUGGGAUUGGGUAUACCGAGUGCGUUGUUGACGGGGAAGAAUAGGAAGGGCCGGCCAUCUCAGUUGACGUUGAGUCCAAGCGAUAGCGCGCUGGGUGAAAACGUGAAGGCGGUUGCGGGCGGUGCCUACACGGCGGAUGAGACGGAAGAUGACAGGGCUGUGGCGAGUGAGAAUGAUGGGGACAGGAAGCUCAAGACCCGGAAAAGCAUGUUCGGUCGUUCAGGUUCCAAAUCGUCCAAAGACGGCGACUCAGCCAAAGAUCCCGUUACUCCCAACUCGAUCGCUACCCCCCAAGAGGAUGGUUCCCCUGUUCAGCGUCGAACGAACGGUAGGAGACAAGGUAGUCUGGAUGCGAACAAGGGCAACGACCGAUUGAGCAUUUUCGGUGGUGCAUUCUCUGGAUCGUUGAGCAAGUCGAGGAAACCGCCUCCUAGGUACUCGGCGAUGGUCGACAAUGCGGACCUACAGCAUGAGAAGAGCAACCCAUUCGCUCUUCUUGGCCGAAGCGGUAAGAAGUCGUCCUCCGGUAGGCCCUCCACGUCCGACGGGCAGUCCACUCACAAGAAGUGCUUCGACCCUGCCGCCACUCCAUCGAAGAAGAGCCAUAAGGAGAAGGACGAGAAGGCUUCUCGCGACUCCAAAGACUCGAAAGAACGCCUGUCCAAAGAGCAAGCCGUCCUUCGUCGUCGUACAUCGUCUCAGGUCUCGAGUCCUACGCGUGGUGGGACUCCUAACGCCGCUGCGUCUGGUGCAGGCGUGGGUACGGGUGUGGGUACGGGUGCUGGUACGGGUGCUGGUGCGGGUGCAACUUCGGGAGGAGAGGGGCAGAAGGCGACGUUAAAGGCAGGCCAGAGUAUCUUGCAGCAGAUCGGGCAGGCUGAUCAUAAUGGGUGGAUGAGGAAGAAGGGCGAUAGGUAUAACACGUGGAAAUCGAGGUAUUUCGUGUUGAAGGGGCCACAUCUUUAUUGGUUGAGGAGUAAUUCCGCCUCGGAGACAAAGAUCAAGGGAUACCUCAACAUCGCUGGAUAUAAGAUCAUCACCGACGAGAAGGUCGACCCGGGAAAGUACGGCUUCAAGCUCGUCCAAGAAAACCAACUCGUCAUUCGAGAGUGGAUGAAGGCACUCAUGAAGGCUACUAUCGACCGGGAUUACACAAAACCUGUCGUUUCCUCCGUCAAUAUCCCCACGAUUCCUCUUACCGUCGCUCAGGCUAUGAACCCAGCCCCAAGGCCACCAUCACCUACCGCUCGCGCCGCCACGCAAAAGGCUCUUCGCCGCGAGAACACGAAUCAGCUCUCGACUCGUGACGCUCAGAUUCUCAUGAUGGGGGUUUCUGGUGACGCUACGGACAACGGGAGCAAGAUGCGCCUCGACUCCUUUUUCGACCAAAGCAACGACACCGCCGGAACUCCAAUGCAACGAUCGACUCCUGCGCCACUCGGUGCGAGAGCGAUGACGCCUAAGGGACCAGCCAAAUCGCCGCCGCCUAUGAGUGUACCCGCUCCGGCUCCUGCAAGGCCUUCAAGGGAGAUGAGAAGGUUGACCAGCGACGGCAGCAAUAUGAAGAUGGAUAACACUACACCCGGCCCUUUAUACGGCGGUCUUGCCAUUCUCCGUCUCUCCGAAUCGAUUAAAGGGCGUCCAGCAUCACCUCCCGUGCCCGACUCCGCCUUCCCCUCAGGUCCGAACGAUGAUAAGCUCGACGGUUUAUUCCGGUUGUUCGAUUUCCUCCUCGAUAACGACGUAAAGAUGGGCAGCGUUAGUAUCAACGACGUGAGAAUGGGAAAGAGAGACAAGAUCCUGCAGUUGUUGAAGGCGUUGAAGGCGUGGGAGGAUAAGCGAAGGCAAAUUGCGGAGAGCAUUGGUUCGGGGGCGAGCGCAGAGAUUUUCUGCGGCCAUGGACUACUUUGGGUCGAUUGGGCUAGUUUCUUGGUUUAG